AUGACCGAGGGUCGUUGGCCACCCCCAACAAAGGCGCCUGGUCUGGAAGAGUGGAGACAGCGUUUGGAGGCCGCUUUCCGACGCUCAGCCACAGCGCCAGCUUUGGCUUCUUUGGUUCCAGAGUCGACGAGGGCAUCUUCGUGCUCCGGCCCCGAUGGUCCAGACGGUUGCUCCUCAAGUGCUUGUGAUCUUCUUGACGAGAGCCCAGGCUUUGCAGAGGCGGGCCAACCGGCCCCCGCAGUGGAUGCUCAGUGGGAGGAGGACUUCCUCACAGAGCUUUACCGCCUCGACCUGGAGCGCUUGGAGAGUGAGCAGUGCGCACAGGCUGAGCAGCUGGAGAGGCUGGAGAGGCUUCCCCUGCAGGAUGGGGGCUUGGAGCUACAGCGCUGCCGCGAGUCCUUGUUGGCUUUGAGGCAAGCUCACGAAGAGCUUCGUGUGGAGUUGGCUGCGGUAAUUCGAGCGUCGCCGGCCGCGCAGGCCGCACAAGCCUUGCAGGCUCCAGAGGCCUUGCAGGCUUCCGAGGCGCUGCAGGGCGCAACAACAGGUUGCUUACUGCAGUGA